UUAAAUGAAGAUAAUCUAAUGAUCAAUGAUGAUUAAAAUGAUCAAUUCGAGGAUGACAAUUAAGUUUUGGACAUUUGAGAGAAAGAGAUAAACAAAGUCUCGAUUGCGAAAAGGAUUCAGUUUAUUGUUAUUAUUUUGUCGUUUCUCUGGUUUUUGGAGUAAUUGUUUGGGUGGUAAAUGGGUGUUGGUGGUGGUAUUCAUGGUAUUGAGAGAGUGGGAGAGAGAGAGUCAGAAUGAGAGAGAGAGAAAGAGAAAGGUAAGAAAAAAAUACUUCGACGAAACCUAAAAAGCUUCUGCUCAGAUAUUUUUGGUUCUUCUCUUGUUUUCAAUGUCUCUCUCUCUCUCUAUUACAUUUAUCAUAUUAAUCUAACAUUUAAGCCAAUUUACUAAUAAUAUUUAUCUUCUUGUAGAUUAGUAUGAUGUUAAUUAAUCACUGAAUCGACUAUCAACACAUUCAGAAUCUAAUUAAUUCUUUGGUGACACAAUAACAUUACAAUUGUUUCUCUUGGUUCCCUUGAAUACAAUUAUCUUUGAUUAAUCUAAUGUUUCUCUUCACAAUUUAGUAUGUUUGUUGAUCAUUUCAAUUUACACCAAACAAUUAAAAUCUUCUAAUCAUCAUUAAAGAUUAGCAAAGAAUAGACGAAAAAAAUAUUCUUUUCAAUUCUCAAGACUGUUAUUUACUAUUAUUAUCUGGUUGUGAUCUGGAAAGAACAGAAGACAAUUAAUAUACUUUGAUUUAGAUUUGAACAAAAAUCGGAGAAAAAUUGUAUUUCUAUUGUGUGGCCUGUUAUUUAUACUACGAAAAUCUUUCUGAUUAGUGAUAAAUUUCAUCUCAGAAUCAACAUUACCCUGGAUAAAUUCACCUUUCACCUUACUAUCCAGCGAUUUCGAAACAUCAUAAACAACAAUCAACAUAUUCAAAUUCUGUAUCCAUUUUAACCUUCUAUCAAUAUAUUCACCUUAGUGUUGACCUUUUCAGGCUUUUGGGUGUUUUAUCCACUCUGCCAAUCGAUUUGGAUAAACUGACCAAUCGUCAUAUUUUCAUCAAGUUAAUUGACUAAUUUUAAUCACAAGCAAUCAAUCAAAAUGCCUCCUCCUCCAGCAGAAGAGCCUCCAGCACCGGUUGUACCCAAGACCGAAGGUGAAAGGUUACAAAUGAGAGCUGAUGAAGUAACUGAUGAGUCCCUCGAAUCGACUCGUCGUAUGCUUGCUCUAUGCGAGGACAGUAAAGAAGCCGGUAUUCGGACAUUGGUCGCUUUAGAUGAACAAGGUGAACAACUGGACAGGGUCGAAGAGGACAUGGAUAAAAUAAACGCCGACAUGAAGGAAGCGGAAAAAGCAUUAACUGGUAUGGAGCAAUGUUGUGGACUGUGUACCUGUCCUUGUAAUAAACAAUCAGAAUUUAAAGAAAACGAAUCAACCUGGAAAUCAAGUGAAGAUGGUAAAGUAAUCGCUGGUCAACCAGCUCGAGUUAUGGAUGAACGGAAUGGCGGUGGACCAAUGGGUGGACAAUAUAUCGCUCGGGUUACCAAAGAUGCUCGAGAAGACGAGAUGGAGGAAAAUAUGCAAGGUGUAUCUACAAUGAUCGGUAAUUUACGAAACAUGGCCAUCGACAUGGGCCAAGAAAUUGGGUCACAAAACGCUCAAUUGGAAAGGAUUAACCUUAAAGCCGAUUCCAAUAAACUUAGGAUUCAAACCGCUAAUGAAAGAGCUCAAAAGCUUCUCAAAUAAUUAAUCCUCAAUGGUCACUGGAUUUACACACACACACACACACACAUGGAAUUACAGUUAUCUUUUUAAUUCAUCUUCUAUUCUCAUCAUCAUCUGAAUAGAAUCAAAUUUUUUCUUCACAUCUAUCAGAUCACUUUCACCGUUUAACAUCACAAUUUAAUUCUAAUCUACUCUUCUAUUGACACCAAAGUUACUCUGAGAGAUCAUCAAAUUGACUGGCAACAUAUUAUCAUCUCCAUUCAAUGGUCAAUCAAAUAUCACGAUGACCAGUACAAUGCAAGGAAAACACGAACAUUUUUAUCGGCCGAUUGGCCUUUUAGCUUCAUAAUGGAUGCGGUCAGUUUAUCAUCAUCUUUUCAACGAGUUAUCAUUACAGCAAAUUUCAUAUAAUAUAUACUCAUCACUGUUAUCAUUGUUCUCGUUGCUAUUUUUGAUUCUGCAAUUUAAUUGUCAUGCUUAAUUCAUCAAUCACUUCUCAUGGCUUGGAAAUCAAUUCCCUCUCCCUCCUCUCUCCCUGAGUGAACUCACACUGGACUUCAGACAAUUGAUCAUCUGAAUCUACAAUUAUCUCUACAAUGCUAUGCAUAUAAAUAUACAUAUAAUAAUUGAAUUCUAAGGUUAACUGGGACUAAAUCAUAAAUUAGUGUUACAAUUGAUUGAAAAGCAAAAGAAAAAAAAAUUUCUCCUUUUUUCCUAAAAAAAUGGAUCCUAUGGAUUUGGAUGAUCUAUUUGCUGUUUGAUUGUUUUCUCUUCAAUUUUCAUAUUAAUCAUUUUCUUUUCUUUUAAUUAUCACUUUCUCUCUCUCACUCUCUGUGUAUCUCUAGUCAUCUUACCUUAAUUGCCUCUUAAUUUAAAGAAAUUAAUAACAACUCCAUCGAAUCUUCAUUGGCCUUACGCAUUCCAAAUAGACGAUUCCUGAUUCAUCUUUUAUCUUCUUCUCUUAUUCACCAUCAUCAUCUAUCUUCCCAUGUUCCCUUCAUCAUGGCUUCUCACCUUCACUCUCAUUCUAAUACAUGGUAACUUAAUCCGAGAUUGGAACUGAGAUUGAUGAUAUUAUCCAAUUUUCUCACCUUAAAGAGAUUGACUUUCAUUUCAUCCACUUGAAGAUUAAUCGAAAAUCAAUUCGAAAAUCAAAUAUUUGCAAUCAGAAAGUUAAUUAGAUUCGAUGAUCAGUUUUAUCGCAAGAAAUUGAAUCAAUCUCAUGAAUAUAUGGAAUCAGAAUUUUUAUUUCUCUCUCUGUUAAUGUUUGCUGAUGAAAAUACAAGUGAAAUUUUGUUCGUAAAUAUAAAUUAUGUAUAAAUCUUUUAAUCAGAUUAAUCUCUUAAUCUUAAUCAUGAUUCACGAAAACUUUUGAUCAACUUGAUUAACAAUUAUGUUAAAUAAUCGUUAUUAUCCCAACACAAAUCACCAAAAGACUUGAAGCAAAAAAUCAAAAAAAAACAAUAAUUAUGAAAAUGAAAAUGAAAAAUGAAAUUUAAUUGCUGAGAUUCCCAAAUACACAAAUCUAAUUAUAUUUAAAUCAAUUGGUAAAUCAACAGUAACAAAAUACUAAUAGGUUAAUCCCAAUACUCAAUCAAUAAGCAAGAAAAUCAAUUAAAACAAUUUAUCCUCUUGUGUAUAAAUCAUAUUGAUAAUUGGAUUAAAUUAAAUUAUUAUUCUCAUUUGAAA